AUGGCGACAGCUCAGCGCUCCCGUGUCUUCUUUGACAUUAAAAUCGGUGACAGCGAGCCUAAUCGGGUUGCAUUUGAGCUGUUCAACGAUGUUGUCCCCAAGACCGCGGAUAACUUCCGAGCUUUGUGUACCGGCGAGAAGGGCAUUGGCACCCAGGGCAAGGAAUUGACCUACAAAGGCUCAAUUUUCCACCGUGUGAUCAAGCAGUUCAUGAUUCAGGGUGGUGACUUCACUGCGUUCAACGGUACCGGCGGCGAGUCGAUUUACGGUGAAAAGUUCCCCGAUGAGAACUUCGACCUCAAGCAUGACCGUCCCUUCCUGCUCUCCAUGGCCAACUCUGGGCCCGGCACCAACGGCAGUCAAUUCUUCGUUACCACCGUCCCCACUCCCCACCUCGAUGGCAAGCACGUCGUGUUCGGUGAGGUCAUCAACGGCAAGAGUGUGAUUCGCAAGAUUGAGAACUUGAAGACUCAGUCCGACAAGCCCUUCCAGGACGUGACUAUCGUGGACUGCGGCGAGCUUACCGGCGAGGAUUACGAGAACGCGACCAAGCGCCAGCAGGAUGCGACAGGCGACCCAUACGAGGACUUCACCGAGGAUCACCAGGGCGAGGCCCUUACUGCACCUCUCUGCUUCAAGAUCGCUUCCGACCUCAAGGGUUUCGGCAACGCUGCUUUCAAGAGUGGUAAUCUCAACCUGGGUCUCGAAAAGUACCAGAAGGGUCUGCGCUAUUUGAACGAGUUCCCCGAGCCCGAGGAGAAUGACCCCAAGGAGCUGAGCGAGCAGAUGAAGGCACUCCGAUUCACUUUGCACUCUAACUCUUCCCUGCUCGGCAACAAGCUCCAGAAGUUCAGCCAGGCUCAGAACUGGGCCACAUAUGCCCUUCAAGUCGCCGAUGAGGCCAAGGCUAAGGAUGCCGAUAAGGCCAAGGCCUACUACCGCCGUGCUGUUGCCUACGAGGGUCUGAAGGAGGAGGAUGCCGCGCUGAAGGAUCUGCAGGAGGCAGAGAAGCUGGCUCCUGGCGAUGCUGGUAUCAUCAACGAGAUCGCCAAGGUCAAGAAGACCGUCAAGGACCGGGAGGCCAAGGACAAGGCCGCUGCCAAGAAGUUCUUCUCUUGA